AUGUCUGCCACCACUCAUAUCAGAAUGUCUCCGACGCCGGGUCGUCCAUUUUCUUUGGCCUCGAACUCUGCGGGGGCCCCGCUUCCCCUUAUCCCUCGUCGCUCUGCCAUCCGCUCGAAUAGUACACCUGCAUCUGCACAGGGCUCUCCGCCUAACGCCACGCCCAUUAAAGUUGUUGUUGAAGGGCCCUCGCCAAGCAAGGAAUAUCCAAAAAAUUCCUUCAACACUAAUUUCCCUACUGCUUCGACCGCCGCGAGCGGUAUCACUCCUCCUGUGAGAAGGAGGGUCGUACCCUCACGAUCAGUUCCCACCCUAUGUCCACCGGAACAUUCGACUCCCACUCCUGCUGUCUCCCUUGCGAAUGUCAACAAUCAUCCACCAUUACUGGACACCGGCGACGAUGCUACACCUCGUGCUUCGACGUCAAAACCACUCACUUAUCAACCUGGAGUUUCGCUUCGUCUCAAUCUCGACUCGCUAAAGAACAGAAGUCUAUCCGAAUCGCGCAUUGAUGGCUUAUCCGGGGAGGACUCAUUCGAAAUCCCACCAGCCGUAGAAGCCCAAUUGAUUCGCAAGAAGUCUGGCCAACUAGUGAAAUCUUCGUUGAAGAGGUCAAAGUCUUCAGAUCGUGCUAGUCUGUCGGUGAUGAUGUUUGCCGGCCCCAGCAAAAGCGAGCCCACCACGCCCAAGGCUGUUCACUUUGACGCGAAAUUAGAGCAUGUUAAGCUCUUUCUCGCCCAACAGAAGCCUUUGGCAGUUUCCCGCGACGGCAGUCCCACAGAUGAUACGAGUGGCACUGAAAGCGACUUCCCGUCUUUCAUCUUCGGGAGCGCCGACGAGCGUAACGCUCGACGAAAUUUGACGAUGAAAGUCACCAACAUGCCGAUCAUCAUCAACACCGUUCACGACGUUGCCUUGGAGGAGUUGAAGCUUUCGUCGGACAUGACCAGCAUCGAAGGGCGCGUCCGUCUAAAGAAUAUCGCUUAUCACAAACAACUGGGAGUUCGAUUUACUUUUGACGCAUGGCAAACAACGAGCGAAGUCUUCGGUAAAUAUUCCGAACCAAUCAACAAGAACUUCGACCGUUUCACAUUUUCCAUUCGUCUCAAUGAUUUGCUCGCGCGUAUCGACGGCAAGACAUUGCUCUUGGCGUUGAGAUAUACGGUUGAUGGGCAGGAAACAUGGGACAAUAACAGCUGCCAGAACUACCAAGCCAUCUUUAGUACGAAAAGACAGCCAAAGAAUCGACCCGAUGACUCGAGUUCUGCUAGCGACGCCGCUGAUCUGAAGGUUAGACUUGAGAAGGUAGUGCGGGGGCGAGAGGCAGGCCCGGCUACGCCAACUCCUCGAGUUUCGCGGCAGCCUGGCUCACGAUCUAACUCGAGCUCAAGCUCAUCAGACAGUGACAAGCCCCUCGAGUUCAAGACAAAUGGGUCUUUAGCUUCUCGCUAUGACUUGGGCUCGUCACUUCGUGCACCAUGGAAAUCGCCUGUGCCAGCGUAUACCCCUCCCCCGCAGCAUUCUCGUACUCGAUCACACCCGUCCACGUCUCCAUCACAAACCAGCAUACCAUGGCCAAGUAAAAUUGUCACUACUCCCACUACGCAAUACAAUAAAAGCAAGGCUGAGCUGGGGUCCCCUCGAGACUUGUCCAACGACGACCACUUCCGCUUGGUGGGAACCCGUUUACACACUUCACCGGAGUCGGAAAACAUCCCUUUUCCUGUUAUGAAACCUCCGGUGGCGAAAGAGCAACGGGCGUCGAGGAAUCAUCAACGCGGGGGCUACUUUGAUGUAGGAGCAAACUUUGAAACUGGAGUGCGGAAGACACCGCCUGGGUCGCCGAAGUCAACCGCAGUGGAUAGUGUUUCGGGACUGGCGAGCCCAAGGUCGAUAUCCUUCCCACCCUCAGAUGGUUCCCUCCUUCCUCGUCCGCUUUUCUCUACACCAACCGCUUUGGAUUUGACACCACGCCAAGGUCUGUUCGCUCUAGAGACAGGCGGGGAUAGCGAAAGCUCAACACCAACCUUCAUCCCGUCUUCAGAAUCUUCGAGAUCUUCAACCCCGUCCCCUACCGAUUUCGCUUUCACAUCACUCGUUGAUGGCUUCGUUGAUCAAUUACCUCCGGCCAACGCGCCGGUUGAUUACCGCCAGUUGAUUGACAAAUUCUGCUUCUAUACUGGAACCGACACUCUUCCAUUACGCCCAUCCAGCGCAUCCAGCGUUGACGAUUUCUUUUCAUCACAAUCCCCCCGCCUGCAAGGAUCCGCUCAUAAAUUUAGCUCUCCGCCGUUGACGGCGCGGUCGAAUAGCGAUGAUAUGAUUGUUUGCCGGAGUGGGUCAGCCACGCCUGUCGACCGCAGGACUUCACCGCUUGGGUCUCGGUCUCCAACGCCGAUCGCAGCCUAA